AUGGAAAGAAAUAUCUCAACAGAAUUUCCUAACCAAAAAACUGAAGAAGUGACCUCAAAUAAAGAGGAUCUAAUUGGUAAAAAAAAAAAUCUGAAUGAUGAAAACUUUCAAAUUCCAAAAGAUACAGAUGCAAUAGAAAGAAAUGAAGAUAUUGAUGUAAAUGAUCAAGUUAAUAAUGAAUCUGCAGUUCCGAUAAUGGUUGGAGGAAAUAUUCAGGAUUUGAAAAUAUUACAACACAAUAUUAAAGACAAUAAGGUAACAAAUUUAUCAAAAGAAGAAAUUGAACAAAUUUCAAAACAAGAAGAAAAAGAGGCAAGAGAGUAUCUAAAAAAUUAUAAACCAUCUAUUGAUAGAGAUGAGUUGCAUCUUCUCUAUAGAGAGUUUAGAAAACAUUCAGACAGUAAAUUAAUAAUGACAAAACAACAGUUUAUAGAUUUUUUUACACCAUUUUCAGAAAGUUCAGAGCUCACAGUGACACUAAUGAAUGCAAUAGAUAGAAACUGUGACCAAAAAAUACAAUUUCAUGAAUUUGUUCAAGCAUUAUCCAUUAUGUGUAGAGGUCAAAAAAAUGAAAGAUUAAGAUUAUCUAAAGAAGAAGUUUAUUCUACAGUUAGUAUAAUUUCAGAAAUUUUUAACAAGUUUGGUUUUUCAAAGGAUAGAUUUGGUAGUCCAUCAGAGGUAGUUGAUGCAGUUUUUUCAAGUGAUUUAACAAGUAGAGGUCAAUAUUUGCACAGUAAAAAUGAAUUAUCAUUAAAGGAGUUUUUGCAAAGGGGUGAGUUAAAUCCAGAUCUUGCCAAAUGUUUUGGAAUGUUUGAUUAUUUUUAUCUUAAAUUUAUAAUGCCAUUAGAUUUAUUGUUCAAAGAUAGAGAUGUUAAUUUAAAAGGUAAAUUAACUAAAAUUAUACCCAGAACUAUUUUCAAUUUCAAUAUAUCACAUAGAAGAAAGUUAUCAAUAAAAGAUGGAUUUUUAAUAGUUUAUAAAAAGAAGGCUUUAAAACAUGACGAAGAAAAACCAUCAAAGGUUAUUUUUUUACCUGGUUCAACAGUUAAAGUUGUUUUGGGUUCUGAUCAACGUAGAAGAAAAUUCCUCAAUAAAAAGUACAAUAGUUAUUAUGGAUUUAGAAUAACCAAAGGUAGUUACAAUCGAUUUUUUUUAAUGGAGAACAGAGAAGAUGCAUUGAACUGGAUAAAUGCAAUAAGAUUUUCAUCAAGACAUGGCUAUAGAUUCCAAUCGUUUGCAAAAGUUAGGGAGGAUGUUAGAUGUCAGUGGUUUAUAAAUGGUUGUGAUUAUUAUGGAGCAUUGGCAGAGGCAAUAAGAGGGGCUAAACACGAAAUCUUCAUUACUGGUUGGUGGGUUAGUCCAUAUGUAUACCUAGAAAGAGAUAAUGGUAAGGAAUAUAUGGAAAAGUCAAGAUUGGAUAGAAUUUUAACCGAAAAAGCUAAAGAAGGUGUCAAAGUAUAUGUACUAAUGUGGAACGAGACUAAUUUGGGUGUGCAGUUGGGUAGCAGACAUGGUAAACAUUGGUUAGAAGGAUGCCAUUCAAAUAUUCAUGUAAUUAGACAUCCCAAGAGAUACCCCUUAUCAUGGAGCCAUCAUCAAAAAAGUGCUGUAAUUGAUCAACAAAUUGCUUUUGUAGGAGGUAUUGAUAUAUGUCUGAUGAGAUAUGACACUAGUAGAUUUCAAUUAACCGACGACAAUGGCCAGAGAUAUCCAGGAAAGGAUUUUGGUAACUUAACCGGUGUGGUAGUUAGAACAGGAGAUCCCAAUAAAGAUCAGUUUAAUAGAAAAGAGUGCCCAAGAAUGCCUUGGCAUGAUGUUCAUACUAAAAUUGUUGGUUCUGCCGCUAAAGAUGCCGCCAGUAAUUUUAUACAACGUUGGAACCAUGCACUUUAUUCUCAACGCUCAAAUAGAUUCCAACCUAUUUUAAUUCCAAAGGAUUAUGUAACCGAAGAAGAGGUCACUAAACCAGAUAAAUGGAGGAAUAUUGUUUCAAAUAUUAAAAAAGGUUUUUCUCAUGUAUCUUAUGGAAGAGAAAAAGAAAAUAUUAUAAAUAGAGCAGGUGAUAAUCCAAAGAUUAGACAAUUAUCGAGGGUAUCGGCACUCAGUCAUAAUGAUGAAAAGAUCGAGAACAAACCAGAUAAAAAUAAAUUUAAAAAGCAAAUGGAAGAAUUAGACCCAAGCCCAAAUGAAUAUUAUGAUAAAAAAGAAAAUCAAUAUAAAUUUAAAAAAACACCAACUACUUUAAGUGAAAAAGAACAAGAGGAACUUAUUGAUGAAGAAGAGGAGGAAGAUUAUUAUAAUAGUAAAAUACCACAUAAUAAACCAGGGGAUGCUGGUUCUUCAUCAAAAAGAAAACCAAUGAAUUUGGCCCAAAAACUUAGAGAAGAGGAGGAAGAGGAAUUCGAACAACCAAAUACCCCAGUUAUCAAUUUAAAAGACGAAAAUUUAAUUAAAUCAAUUUAUAAUUCAAAUAAUAGUAGUUCUGAACAUUGUAUCGUUCAAUUAGUUAGAUCAGUAUCACCAUGGAGCGCAGGUUCGGAUGUUGAGGAUUCUUGUUACAAAGCUUAUAUUAGUUUAAUCAAAAACUCUCAACAUUUUAUAUAUAUCCAAAAUCUCUUUUUCAUUUCAAGUUGUGGUUCGAAUUUGCCAAAGAAUCGUAUAGCAUUGGCAAUUUUAAAUCGUGUUAGAAGAGCAAUUAAUGCAAAACAAAAGUUUAGGGUCAUUGUUAUGGUACCAAUUAGUCCAUCUGGUGAUAUAGCUUUAGCAUCUUCAAGAAUGAUUAUAGGUUGGACCAAUAGAACCAUUUGCCAAGGAGGCCAGUCUAUUUUAGAAUUACUUCGUGAUGAAUUCCCAGAUGUAGACCUUAAUCAGUAUUUAUCGUUUAACUCUAUUAGACAGUGGGAGGAAAAUGGUGACAGAAUUUUUACAGAGCAGAUAUAUGUACAUAGUAAAGUAUUAAUUGUCGAUGACCGUAUUGCUGUUAUUGGAAGUUGCAAUAUCAACGAUAGAAGUAUGAUGGGAUCUCGUGAUUCAGAAUUGGCUGUUGUUGUUUCAGAUACAUCAAAAUUAUUAAUAACAAUGGAUGGAAAGCCAUUUAAAGUAAAUAAAUUCCCACAUACACUCAGAGUCGGACUUUGGAAAACCCAUAUGAACCUAAAUAGUUUAGAAAUUAGUUCAAUCAUUGAUCCAAUAUCAGAUAAUGCAUUUAUUAAUGUUUGGAGGAAAACAGCUAGAGAUAAUUCAAUUAUUUAUAAGGAAGUAUUUGGUGAUUAUAUUAUAGAAAAUCAAAGACGUUUGGGUAUAGAACAAAGACGUUGGAUACCAAAAUCAGAUGAAAAAAUAGUACAGCUUUCUCAAGUUCGAGGUGUUUUAAUCGAAUAUCCUUUGGAAAUGUUUUGUGAAUCAAAUCUCUUUGACGAGAAUGUUAGCUUUUUUAAUGCAGAGUAUUAUGUUGAUGUAUCAGUUUUCACAUAA